AUGAAUAACUCGAAAAUCCGCCCAAAUAUUUUUGUAAAAUCGACUGGAAUUUCAUUGAAUAUGCAAAAUGGCUCACCGAUUGUGAGACCUACGGUACAGUCUUCGAAUGGUAAGAUACACUUCCAAAGAUUAAUGAAUAAAUGCCAAUCAUCAGGACAAGAGAAGAAGCUGUUCAUUGUCAGAGGAAAUACGAGGCUCCCUGCAUUUCUCGCUGCUGGUCCGAGCAUCAGAAGAUCACUACCUGCUAACAUCGACAUCGGAAGACCACUACCUGCUAAAAUCGAAGUCGAGGAAGCAACCUCACCACCGCAACAGCUUAUGGAGAAAGAAAUCAAAGAAGAACCGAUAGACGAGGAAGUGGAAACGUGUGGAGCAAUUGCUAAUAUUACGGAAUCUAAACCUAUAAACCUAGAGGAUUUCAUGUGCCCCCCAGUGAUUUCCCAACAGUCCAGUUCACGAAUGCGAGAGGACGACCUAAAACAAGAACCUUUGGUUUUGCAUCUGAAGACCGAUGCAUCGAAGGUAUCUCCAUCUCAAUUACCACUACCACAUAACUUCAAGAAAGAAACUAGACCGUAUCGCAAAAGAAAUCGUAAGCCAACACGAAAUGAUGACUUCAUCUACGAAAAUCCAGAAUCAGCUGAGGAAAACAUCGAGGAUACACCUGAACCGUCGUCAAAAAGUAGUAAAUCAGCUCAGGGAGAUGGAUGCAGAUGUGAGUACAUUGUUCCGGAACUCGAUUCCAAAAUGGAUCGGAUCAUGGACAAAAUGCAUUUCAUCGAAACACUAGCCAGAUCAAUGCUGGCUAAAGAACAAACCAACGCUAUGGAGAAAAGUUUCUCGAAUUCGGCGUUGGUCAAGGCGCAAAAUGAGAUUCAGCUUCUUCGGAGACAAUUGAUAAUACAGAGGAACACAGGAGCUGUCCCACGACUUGACAACAAUUUCUAA